AUGGAUACUUUAGAAGAGCCUGAGUGUCCUCCACACAAAGAGCGUAUUUUUGUGAAGUCGAGUAAAGACUUUGAAGGUUAUCCCAGCAUAGCAAUAGUUCCUGUCCAGUUCGUAGCGCUUUUAACCUCAAUACACUUAACUGAAACAAAGUGUUUGCUAGGCUUUUCUAAUUUUGAGGGAAGAGAUGAUCAGGUGGAAGAAGACCAAUAUUUAAUCAAAGUGAAAUUCAAAGACAGGAGCUCGGAAAGGCUAGCGCGAAUGACUAUUUCCUUACUUUGUCAAUAUUUUGAGAUUGAAUUACCAGAUUUGGAUUCAGGCUCAGAUUCAUCCUCAACAGUAGUUUUGAGAGAUAUUCACCUCGAAAGACUAUGCUUUUCAAGUUGUAAAGCUUUAUAUGUGUCAAAACACGGGAACUACACUCUAUUUUUAGAGGAUAUCAAACCGUUGGAUUUGGUAAACGUAAUAAGAACUAUAUCUACAAAAUCUAAAAAAGGUAGCAGCGAGCAUUUAUUAUUGGAACCCACUUCAAAAUGCAAUUUGAAGAGGUCACUUGUUGAUAUUUUCAACAAUUUAAUCGAAAUGAAUAGAGAUGAAAAGAACAGUUUUAAAUUUGUGAAGUUGAUUCACUACGAUAUAGAACUAAAAAGAUUUAUUCAAGAACAACAAAACAUCUUAUCGCAGAAAUUGAAAGCCAAAGCAAUCAAUCCUUUCUUUGCUCCAAAUAGAUUAGGGAUACCUUACCUUGAAUCUCAAAACGAAUUUAAUUCGCAGCUUAUGACGCUUAAUGUAGAUGAACCGAUCACAGAAAUAGGCGACAAGGGAGACAACAUGCAUGACAGUGCAGAUCCCAUUGAGGAUUCUGAUUCUUCAACUACCUCUUCUACGGGGAAGUAUUUCAGCUCAAGAUCCUACAUCCAGUCGCAGACGCCUGAAAGGAAAACAAGCGUACCAAACAAUUGGCACGAUGAUGAUUCCGGAAGGAACAAGAAAAGAAAGCUUUCUUUUCAAGGCCCCAGCGCACCUUUAUCCCAGAAAGCAAUUAGUUAUGAGCGACUUUCGCUAGCUAAUGUAGGCUCAGUUGAGAGGUUGGAGGGAAAGUUUGUUGGGAUGUACCCAACUCAAUUCGCUAGUAUAAAUGAAUUCAAAUAUUGCACACUGAAACUGUACUAUACGCAUUUACCACUAUCAAAUAUCCCAGACAAGGUGUUGCUGCCGGGCACCAAUUGCAUUGAGAUCAUUAUCCCUACGAGAGAGCGUAUCUGUGAGCUCUUCGGUGUUUUAAACUGUCAAAGCAGCAAGAUAUCGGAUAUCCUACUACUGAAAACGCCGGGUCCAAUUUCCGUGGAAAUUGAAAGGAUUAUGUGGGACAAUGACGAGACCAUUAGUCCAGGUAUAGCCGUUUGGAGCUUGAAGAACAUCAGCACCGAUACCCAGGCGCAGGCGCCUGUGCAAUCGUUGCCGCCAACCAAUCCGCCUCGUACGAGGAUGCGCGAAAUGGCUAGGAAAGACCCUACCAUCGAGUUUUGUCAGUUGGAGCUCAACAAUUUUGAAACUAAAUACGUAACAAUGUUUGGCAUGCUAGUGUCUUGCUCGUUUGAUAAACCUUCUUUCAUAUCUUUUGUCUUUACCGAUUUUACUAAGAAUGAUAUCGUCCAAAACUACCUUUACGACAGAUAUCUAAUAGAUUACGAGAGCAAGUUGGAGCUGAACGAAGGCUUCAAGGCCAUCAUGUACAAAAACCAAUUUGAAACGUUCGACACUAAAAUCAGACAAAUAUUCAACAAGGGGCUAAGCGACUUACGCAAUGGCCGUGAUGAAAACCUUUCGCAAUACGGCAUAGUUUGUAAGAUGAAUAUAAAAGUGAAAAUUUACAACGGCAAACUGAAUGCUAUUGUGCGCGAAUGUGUACCGGUCCCUCAUUCCCAGGUAGGCAGCAUCGCUUCGCCCCCACAAUGCGAACAUCUAAGAUCGUUUUACAAGCGAGCAUUCAAGAGAAUCGGCGAAUCCGCAAUUUCACGCUACUACGAAGAGUACCGGAGGUUCUUCCCCAUACAAAGAAACAAUUCUCAUCUUGCAGAGCUGAAAUUCGCCCCAGUAACCGUAAAACAUGAGCGGGAACAGCUACGCGCUCCAACGGCUCCCACAGAAUACAUACCUGACCUGAAUGCAGACGUGUCGUCCUUCGAUGUCAAGUUCACAGAUAUCUUCUCGCUCCUGAAUUCCUUCGCCCGCUGCCCACAACAAACACACAAGAGCAACACACUAUACAAUUGCGAGGGUCGCAUCGUCGCCAUCGAGCACCACGCAUCAGGCCUUUGCUUCCAUAUCACGAAUGAGCUCCCACUUUCGCAAACCCGCAUCCCGGCCCCUCAGCGAGUGUUGCAACUACACAUCAUUACCUCCAAGAACUUUGCAUACUUUUUCAACCGCUCCGGCGCCUAUCUACAGCGUCAGCCUCUUGAAGAAAAAUAUGCGCAAUUGGCACAAUUUCUCGGCCAUUCAUUCAAGUUCAAUAUAACCUCCUCAUUGAAGUUCCUCCCUGGCACGACCAUGACACUGCAGAUCUGGUGUCCGAUCGAAUGCACGUUUCGGGAAUUGCAACAACAGCUGGCCCAUCUGAAGGUUGCAGCUGCUCCUGAUUCAGGGAGUCUUGGUUGUGCAAUUACCGCUACCGUCAAUCCUCUCCGACUUCUUGCCGCGCAAAAUGGCGUCACCGUGAAAAGGGAGGAGGAUAAUGACGAUGACGCCGGAGCCGUUUCCGCCUCGUUAGACAUGAUGGGCGCAGCCAAAUGCGGCGGUGCCAAAUUACAGUGA